GUCUCGAAUUUGUUAAACAUGUCUGGACGCGGAAAGACCGGAGGAAAAGCCAGAGCUAAGGCCAAGACCCGCUCUUCCAGAGCCGGCCUCCAGUUCCCGGUGGGCCGUGUCCACAGGCUGCUGCGUAAAGGUAACUACGGGGAGCGCGUCGGUGCCGGAGCGCCCGUCUACCUGGCCGCUGUGCUGGAGUACCUGACGGCUGAGAUCCUGGAGCUGGCAGGAAACGCUGCCCGCGACAACAAGAAGACCCGCAUCAUCCCCCGUCACCUGCAGCUGGCCGUCCGCAACGACGAGGAGCUCAACAAGCUGCUGGGCGGAGUGACUAUCGCUCAGGGCGGCGUGCUGCCCAACAUCCAGGCGGUGCUGCUGCCCAAGAAGGCCGCCAAGGCCAAGUAA